AUGGCCCCCCUAUCAUUUUUCCCCUUCGUCCUCGCCCUCGUAUGCCUCCGGCUCGCACUUCUCUACCGACUAUCCGUUGACCGGAUCCUCGGGACCGUUCCCGUCCCUCAUCCCCCUCCUAUCGCACCAACUCGAGGUCUUAAGGGCAGGGGAACUGUCUGUUAUUUGGUCGAGUUGGGGGGUGAGGAAUUUAUUAUCAAAGAUCAUUGGGUGCAAGGACAGGAUGACACGGACAUCCUGAAUGAGGUGGAAAUGCUGAAGUGGAUGCAAGGUGUCUCUGGCAUCCCUCACCUUGAAGACUAUUGGAUUGUUGAGAGGGAGAAGGGAGUUCCAGAUUCAACAGGUGACUUUCGCUUCAAGCAUAUCCAGAGCACAUCCCACGCAUUUUGCGCCCAUAAAGAGCUGCUGACAGCCUUACGCGAUAUCAUUUGCAUCAUACAUGCAGCAUCUGAUCAUGGUGUUGUGCAUCGUGAUUGCAGCCUUUACAACGCAAUGAUCAAAGAUGUCCCUGGAGGCAUACAGGGUUGUUUGAUCGAUUUGGAGUUCGCAAUCAAUGUCUCUGAUACUGAAUGCAACAAUAAUACCCAUAGCAUCCUUACCAGGGGCGGUAUGGGCACAGUUCCAUUCAUGUCUCGCAAACUCCUUAGUCAAUUGGUCCAAGCUGAUCUCGCCCAUUUGACUCAGCCCAUCGUCAGUCCAACCUUCUCCAAUCCGCCACAGUCUCGUAAGACAUCAUCUAUCGGUGCUCCUCCCCAACCGCUUGCAACAAUAGUGCAAAACCACUCCGAUGAUCUUGAAUCCAUUCUAUGGGUAUUCCUCUGGGUUCUCCUCAAUUAUUCGGGCCCUCUCGGGAUGGAGCGAAAUCAAGCUGGGUUGAUGACGGAAGGCUGGAAUGACCCAAACACCAUGCUGUGUGUCAGGUCCAAGUAUGUCCUUUACCACUCAGGGAAGGCAGCAUUCCUUUGUCAAAUUGACCCCUACUUCGCGGACCUUACCCAGCUCGCAGAUGAUUGGUUGGAACUGAUGAGGCACAAUGAUGAGCAUCCGGUAGCCUUCGAUGCAGUGCUAGAGCUCCUGGACUCUUUUCUGUCCAAUUACAAGACAGAGGAGUUCUCUCCAGAGUGGUAUUUCAUGUCACAAGAGUUGAAGAUUCCUCUGGGGGGAAAUACUGACACCAUGAGGCGCAAGAGAGUUAUCUCAGAGUCCGAGGGGACUUAUUUUACACAGAAGCGGGCGAAGGCUGUUGUUUAA